AUGGAUUACAGCAACGGACUUUUCACUGUGUGCAUCCUGGCCUUCAGCACGACCGUGUGUAUACUUGGUCUCAUUCUAGGUGUUGUCUUCAUCUUCCUCCAACGACAAAGGGACGAGCAGCUACUGGACGAUAUUUACAAUACCGUAUGUGCGGCCAAUGAAGCAUCAUAUGACGCUGAGAACUGUAACUGCUUGAAUGGAGAGUUUGGGAGAGUGACUUGUAAGGGAACAUACAAGUCGAGGAGGAACUUUAUCGAAAAGGGGUUGGUUGGUCGUGUCCAAGAAAGAAACUUUGCGUACAGCAAAAUGCGUCCUCGAAACUACCAAAUGCCCCCUGGCGCCUACAAUUCUGAAAAUAUCCCUUCAAACAACAGCACAAUGUCGAAUACCGAAGCAGAACUUCAGCAGGAUGAAUUGAUACCCUGGGGCAUGAUUGUCUUUUACAUCCUUUUCUCUCUCUUUUUCCUGUUGACGAUCCUUCGUUGGACUGAUCUCCAGCUCAGGAUUUUCUGUGAUUUCAUCAACAGCGGUCGAUGGCGAGCAUACUUGGGAAUGGAAGUACCCGGACGACAUGACCAAGGCAACUUCAAAGAGGUAGCACUUGGGGAUGAUCCUUUGUUGGUGAAGCAGGUGGUGAAAAAGGUUCGGUUCUACGACGAUACGACGAUUAUUGAAGACGUUGAGCGACUGGAAGCAAAGAGCAAUGGGAUCGAUUGUGCCAACGAAGAUGAAACAAAGCGCGAAUGA